AUGUCAUCAUCGAACAAAAAGUUAACUAAACGUCAACAAAAAGCUUUGGCUUUUCAAAAAAAUAGGAGGCAAAAAUUUAAGAAGCAAGUUACAGAUAACAAUAAUGGUGGAGAAAAUGAUUUGAUUGAAGAACAGCUAGUAGGGAAUGAAAUAGUUAACCCUGAAAAAAGUAUAAAGAGAAAACAUAUAAAAGAAGUGGGUGAAUUAAAAGAGAUAGAGAAGGAAAAAUAUAAAAAUAAGAAUUAUUUAGAUCGAGGGUUUAAUAUG